GAGGAUAGGCGGAGGCGGCCACGGGGCAGGCGUGGACGCGCGUGCCGUCACGGAGGAGCUUUUCUGGCCGCCAAAGCCUAGAGCAGGCAGCUUCGGUAGCCGCGCCUCACGCCUUGCGUCCGUCCAUCCCGUCUCGGCUUCGCCGCGCGGCACCAUGCCCGCCGUGGACAAACUCCUGCUGGAGGAGGCCUUGCAGGACAGCCCCCAGACUCGCUCUUUGCUGAGUGUAUUUGAAGAAGAUGCAGGUACCCUUACCGAUUAUACUAACGAGCUGCUGCAGGCUAUGCAGCGUGUCUACGGAGCCCAGAAUGAAAUGUGUCUAGCCACUCAACAGCUUUCUAAGCAACUGUUGGCAUAUGAAAAACAGAACUUUGCUCUUGGCAAAGGUGAUGAAGAAGUAAUUUCUACUCUCCACUAUUUUUCAGAGGUGAUGGAUAAGCUCAAUGUUCUCCACACAGAGCUAGCUAAAAAGUUGGCAGACACCAUGGUUCUACCAAUUAUACAAUUUCGAGAAAAGGAUCUCACAGAAGUAAGCACAUUAAAGGACCUCUUUGGACUCGCCAGCAAUGAGCAUGACCUUGCCAUGGCCAAAUAUAGCAAGCUUCCUAAAAAGAAAGAAAAUGAAAAGGUAAAGAGCGAGGUGGUGAAGGAAGUAGCAGCUGCUCGGCGGAAACAACACCUUUCAGCCCUACAGUACUACUGUGCCCUUAACACACUUCAGUACUCAAAACGCAUGGCCAUGAUGGAGCCCAUGGUAGGCUUUGCCCGAGGGCAGAUCGACUUUUUCAAGAAGGGAGCUGAGAUGUUUUCGCAGAGCAUGGACAGCUCCUUGUCCUCUGUCUCUGGCAUGGUACAUAGUAUCGAAGUAGAGCUGGACACUGAGACAGAGAAGAUGAUGGUGUCACAGCAGGAAUUUCUUUCUGUGGAAGAGACUGUGUAUAUGCCCGAUGCCGACAUCUCUGCACCUCAAAUCAACAGGAACCUCAUCCAGAAGGCUGGGUACCUCAACCUCAGAAACAAAACAGGGCUGGUCACCACCACCUGGGAGCGACUGUACUUCUUCACUCAAGGUGGGAACCUCAUGUGCCAGCCCAGGGGCGCCGUGGCUGGAGGCCUCAUUCAGGACCUGGACAACUGCUCAGUGAUGGCGGUGGACUGCGAGGACCGGCGCUACUGCUUUCAGAUUAGCACGCCCAGCGGCAAACCGGGCAUCAUCCUCCAGGCAGAGAGCAGGAAAGAAAAUGAAGAGUGGAUCUGUGCCAUCAACAACAUCUCCAGACAAAUCUACCUGACGGACAACCCUGAGGCAGUCGCCAUCAGACUGAACGAGUCAGCCCUCCAAGCAGUCACUCCCAUUACCAGUUUGGGAAAAAAGCAAGAAGGCCUGUGCCCCAGCCAGAACUGGAAACAUUUAGAUGUGGGAAAUGACAAGAACAUUCCCAAAGCCGAAGUCAGUGUGCCUGAAGCUGAUCAACUGAUUGCUCCUGGGACACCCAUUCAGUUUGACAUUGUACUUCCUGCCACAGAAUUCCUGGACCAGAACCGAGGGGGCAGACGUACCAAUCCUUUUGGUGAAACUGAGGAUUACAUGUUCCCUGAAGCCGAAGAUUCACUGUUGCAACAGAUGUUUAUAGUUCGAUUUUUGGGAUCAAUGGAAGUUAAGACAGACAGCACUACAGAAGUGAUUUACGAAGCGAUGAGACAAGUGUUGGCUGCUCGGGCUAUUCAUAACAUCUUCCGGAUGGCAGAGUCCCAUAUGAUGGUCACCAGCCAAACCCUGAGGUUGAUAGAUCCUCAGACUCAAGUAACAAGAGCCAAUUUUGAACUUACCAGUGUUACCCAGUUUGCUGCUCAUCAAGAAAACAAGAGACUAGUUGGUUUUGUGGUCCGCAUACCUGAGUCCACAGGUGGAGAGUCUCUGAGCGCUUAUGUUUUUGAAAGCAACUCAGAAGGAGAAAAGAUAUGUUAUGCUAUUAAUUUGGGAAAAGACAUUAUUGAAGUCCAGAAGGAUCCAGAAGCAUUGGCUCAGUUAAUGCUCUCCGUGCCAGUAACCAAUGAUGGAAAAUAUGUACUGUUAAACGAUCAACCAGAUGACACUGAUGGAAGUCCAAGUGAAAAUAGAGGCGCAGAAUCUGAAGCAUAAACUCCUUUAUGCCUUUGGGGGAAGAAUACCCAGGAGGCAGAGUUGCCUUCUAAAAAGGUUUUCAACUUCUCUGCUACACAGGACCAUGCCCCACUCUCAGACUGCUGACAGCCUGUGGAAUACACUGUCCAUGCCUCCACUCUGAGACUCGGAAGGGAAAGAGUAAGCAAUGGUUGACAGCAUCCCCCCCCAUCCACAAUGUUAUUUUAGGUGCUUUAUUGGUAAGUUCUGUUCUUAGACUGAUUGCACUGUUCAGCACUCCAGCUGAAAGUGAUAAAGGAACUAAAACAAAAAUGUAUAGUUCAAUUUAUUUGAAUGUCAUCUCCUUUCAGUAUCCAUAUCCCUUUUUUUAAAAAAUGGCAGAAGCCUUGAUUUGUAAUUUGAUAAACACUACGUAUUUCCUAUUAAUAUAAUCUAUUUUUGUAUUUUUACCUAAUGAGCUCUAAGUGCCUAUCAUUCUAAAAACUAUUAAGUUUGUCUCCUAAUCGGGCCUAACAGCAUAUUAUUAAUGUGUGCAAUUAGGUAACGAACCCUGCUCAGAGGCCCAGAUGUUCUAGUUUGGCUUGUUGUCCAGGUGCACAAUAAAAACACUUAGCAGAUGAAUACCACAGCUGGCAUGUAAUUUUGCACUGGUGUGCUAACAAGCCAGAAUUCAGACGCAGCCAGUCCUCUGAGGUUUUAUCUAUUUUCUGUGGUGAA